AUGGCCACAAAUACCGAUAUAACGCACCUCAUCCGCGAAUUCAACGAAGAAUGUGAACGCGACAUCGCGUUGAAAGGCACCGCCCAAGAGCAAAAGAUUGUCGCCAAAUAUUGUCAUCCCACCGCCGCUGACCGCCUACGAAGAGCGGAAGACGGGUUGCGCUGUCUGCAAGACAGUCGUCAGCGAGUUCCUGCCAACGCGCGUGACAAAGAAAACGCCACUACUGUACCACUUCCACGGGACCCUGUCUUCGAGGCCGCUGUCGGCGAGUUCAACACUGCUGAAGUCUUGGAACGACAGGCGCGACUGGCCGUACAAAAGGCCAUUGAGACCCAAAGUGAGGCUGCAGAUCGGGUGGUAAUCUGCCGAGGUGUCGUCCAGCAACAUGUCGCUCGCAAGAAGCAAGAACGCGAGACGUAUGCAGCUCAGAAGAAGGACGCGUUGGCACUGCGCGAGCGGGUUCAACGCCUGGCGGGAAAGGCUCGGACGGAAUUUGUUCAAAGUAUCGAGGGCUUGGACGACGAGAGCAUUGUGGAGGCAUUGGUUGGCGAGUCCAGCAGUGAUGACGAUGAUGAUGACCGGGACCGGGACCGGGACCAGGACCACGACCGCGACCGGGACCACGACCACGACGACAACCACAAUGACCAUGACGAAGUCAGUACCAAACAAGAAGAUCAUAACAUCACUGGUAGUAGUCGUCACCAAGGUCGUUCCGUCAAUGAACCAAAAGAAGAUCACGUUAUCAAAAAGAUUGCCAAAGCAGUGGACAACAAGAAGCCUUCUGCUCAUGCGGCGCUCGAGCCAACGGAAAGCAGCAGGCCGUCGUCAGCGCUUUCCACGGUCAUCGCUGGAAAAAACGCUCAUCACGAGCUUUCCGCCACCGCCAGUGUCGAAGAGAACGAAAACACCCAAGAAGGGGACGAACCUGAGACUCCUGGUCUUGGAAUGUCUCCAGUCACGCCAAAGACCAACGACUCGCAACAAUUUCCAACAACGCCAGCCACGAGCGUCAGUGAGGACGACACUACUGGCAAGGAUGCGAGCUACUUUCCUGGUGGAGAGCCCAAAGGCAUUGAUCCGACAUCUCUUUUUGUCGGCGGCCUCGAGAUGUAUGGACCUGACGCUUGGGAUGAACAUCGUGUGACUGCAUUGUUCGAAAAAUAUGGUGGGUUGCAGAGCGUGAGGGUCGUCAAGCCAACGAACGCGAAAGCUGCAUUUGCGUUUGUCAAGUUCAACAACACGGAGUCUCCUGCUCGUGCUGUGAUGAACGAGCACAACUCAGUUCAUCAUGGUCGAACCAUCCGAGUCCAACUCCGAGACUGCAACCCUCCCCGAGGAAGUUUUCGAUUCCAUGGUCGUGGAACUGCUCGUGGGCGACACCCGCAUAUGAAUUAUGGCCAGCGUCGCUUCCAGGAGAAUCCUGAGGGAGAUAUUAUGGCUUCUAACCAAGUCGGGCAUCGGCAGUCAACUGCCGAGUUUGAGCAGUCCAAGUUUGAAGCCCAAUCUCGUUCUGCACCAGUCUCACGCCAUACUUCGCCUGAGCCGGAGACCAAACCAGAGCAAGCUACGGGUGAAUGGUACGAUCAGCCGACCUCGGCAACCAUGACACCGCCGCCUCAUGCCGGAAUUCCGCUCGGCUCGGGGUCACCAUACCCCAUGCCUGGUGGGGGCUAUUACCAGGCACCUUGGCCGCAUGCCUUCCCUCAACAAGUUCCAUAUGUGUCCUACUAUCCAGGCUACCCUGCCGGAUAUCCAAUGCCGACACAUCAAGGCCAUCAUUCCCAACAGUUUGCCAGCCCUGUUGGAUCUGAUGCGAGCGGCCCGGCUUCUGCUGCGCCUCGUCCAUGGCCGAUGUACGGGUACUAUAAUCUUCCUUAUCCAUAUGCGACGGCGCAAACUUCUGGCGAGAAGUCUCCCAGCCAGUCGCAGGCUCCGUUGCAGCCUACUGGUUUCAUUCAAAAUGGAGCUGGAACCCUCAUUCCUCUCUAUCAACCGGAAGCUCUGGACCACUACAUGACGUCGAACCACAUAAAUCAGCCUGUGUCAGCUCAGACUCAGCAACCAGUCCCACAACAGCAAGGCCCUCCCGCUGUCCCCGUUGCUCAUGGCACUCCUCAAUUCGCUCAAUAUGCCCCUCCGGGUUAUGCAUAUCCCAACGCGAUGCCACCCAUGAUGGGAAUGCAGCCCCGUCCAUUCCCAGCGAUGACCGAAGCUGCCUGGGUCGCGCAGUCGCAAGUCAUGUUGAGCCAAGGAAAUUCGCCCAACAUCCCUUCGCUGCCGUUCCGUGGCCAACAAUUCCCAGAAGUGAACGCUGGCAAUAAUGGACCAAACAACAAUCGCCGUCAAGGACCUGGUGGUCGACGGGACCAGGGCGGUCACAACAACCGUGGCGGACAGCCCAAGGGCAUGCCGGGCCGCCAACACCAGAAUCGGGCUGGAGGGAGUUUGCAGUUCCAUCCCAAUGGCGAGCUUCCUCAGCAUCUUCCUCGCGCUCCGCAGUUCCCGACGCUUGCCACCGACCACGGACACGGCCAAUGGAUCUCAACCACCGCGCAUCAGUAA